GCUGUCCCUCUUGACUUCACAUCACUCAGAUUGAGAAGGGCUUCUGUAAAGCAUUCCCAUGGCAUCUGAGAAGAAAAGGCUUGACACGGCCUAUAAGAACCAACCAACGGCUCAAUUCUUGAAUUCUUGGAAGACCAUAAAUGCGGGGAAUGGACCGAGUCAUUCCGAAAGCAAGAACGCAUAACUAGCUUCACUUGAUCAAACCAUGGUCAAAUAUUAGAUGUUCAAAGCGUGGCCUCAUCAUUGCCAUUGAAUGGGAGGGAAGAUCUCCUCUGAGUCAGGGGUUUGAUUUUUUAAUGGCGUAGAAUUCUUCCCCUUGACUUCUUGCUGCUGCUCUUCUCCUCUGUUCUGCAACUGCUCGAGCUUCCCUUCAUCAAAAUGGGGCCCCUCCCGUGCCAUUUUUUCGCUUCCCCCGUAUAUCUGCUGAGCUCUAUUCUUCGGCUGUUAUCUUUCGAAUCCUCCAGCAGUUGCCUCCGAAGGCUUCCGCCAUGGGAGGUUGCCUGGGAAAGCCUGCAAAGUGUGCCCAUGCUUCUUCCAACAAGUUCUCUGAGAUUACCAGGCCUCCUAGUAAGGCCAAGCAGGAUUCCGCCUCCUCGGGUCCAGGAUCAGCUCUGAUAAGCUCAGAGAAACUGAUCCUAGGCCCCAAAGCUAGGACACUGGUCUGUAACAAUCUCAAGUCAUUUAACUUCAACGAACUGAGAGCUGCCGCCAAGAACUUCCGCCCUGAUAGCCUUCUCGGGGAAGGAGGUUUCGGGUGUGUCUUCAAAGGGUGGAUCGACGAGAACACAUUAGGGCCCACGAAACCUGGGACUGGGAUCGCCGUGGCAAUAAAGAAGCUCAAGCCAGAGAGCUUUCAAGGCCACAGGGAAUGGCUCGCCGAAGUCAACUACCUGGGUCAGCUCCACCAUGAAAAUCUCGUAAAACUUAUAGGCUACUGCUCGGAGUCGGAGAAUAGGCUUCUUGUCUACGAGUUUAUGGCCAAAGGAAGUCUCGAGAACCACUUGUUCAGAAAAGGGGUCCAACCUAUUCCUUGGACAAUUCGGAUGAAGAUCGCCGUAGGUGUUGCUCAUGGAUUGUCCAUUCUACAUGGUUUAGAUGCAAAUGUGAUCCACCGUGACUUGAAAGCUUCCAAUAUUUUACUCGAUUCGGAUUAUAAUGCCAAGCUCUCGGACUUUGGUUUGGCAAGAGAUGGCCCCACUGGAGAUAAAACUCAUGUCUCGACACGAGUUGUGGGAACUCGGGGUUAUGCAGCUCCUGAAUAUGUUGCGACAGGUCACUUGACACCGAAGAGUGAUGUGUACAGCUUUGGAGUUGUCCUGCUGGAACUACUCUCAGGGAGACGGGCAAUGGAUGAUGAGAGAGGAGGCGGCUAUGUGGGAGAGACACUCGUAGAAUGGGCAACUCCGUUUUUAAGUGACGGAAAGCGAAUGGUAAGGGUUAUGGACACGAGGCUCGGGGGCCAGUACUCCAAGAAGGAAGCUCAAGCCACAGCAGCACUGGCACUGCAGUGCCUCAGUUUGGAUCCCAAGAGCCGGCCCCUCAUGGUUGAUGCAUUGGCCACUCUCGAGCAGCUCCAGACAGUGAAAGGAGUCCCGGGAACCCCACCUUCAGUCCUGAAUCACCGAGGGACAGGGCAUACUGGCCCAGCUCGCCGGGCAGCAUAUUCCCGAUGAACCAUGCUUUCUGCGUAGAUGUUGACGGAUACUUCCACUGGCAGAAGGAGCCUGCGCUCUAAGAUAAUGUCCAACAACUCUGAUGGCUCAAUAGUCGACAAUAGUUCUAAGUAUCCAAAGCUGUGUACGAGUUGGAGAUGCAAACAUUACCGGGUUGUGCUCCAAUUGCUGAACAGUGAAUACUAUCGUAUGUUCCUCUCCGAGGAAAAAAAAUAUAUGGUGCGUUUGGUUUUAGAGUUAAAAAGUAUAAUUGAGUUUUGAUUUUAAUUGAGCUGUAAUGAUUGUGUCGUUGAAUU